AUGAAGAAAAAACUCAAGUCUAAUCUCGAGUCGGACAGACUUGAGCCUAUGCAGUCAGGGAUUGAAGAAGGAUUUAAAGAUACAACAGUUCAAGAAGAUGCCGUCUUUGGGGAUAUACAGGCAGGUGACACAAACUAUCGCAAUGUGGGCUGGGUAGGAACGACCGCUCUUUUGAUCAAGACCCAGAUUGGCCUUGGCGUUCUUUCAAUGCCUAAGGUCUUUGAUACACUUGGAAUUAUCCCAGGGAUCAUUCUCCUCAUAGCCAUUGCUGGAAUGACAACAUGGUCGAACUGGAUGGUUGGUGUCUUCAAAAAGAAUCAUCCUAGCGUCUACGGCAUCGAUGAUGUCGGAAGAAUGUUGUUUGGGAAAAUUGGAUUUGAGCUUUUUGGGGCAGCUUAUACGUUGUAUUGGAUUUUUAGCGGUGGAUCUGCCCUUUUAAGCAUUUCGAUCUCGUUGAACGCUCUCAGUGACCAUGCCACUUGCACAGCUGUCUUCGUGGCAGUCGCCGCCAUUAUUGCACUCAUGUUCUCCAGUAUUCAAACUCUCGCCCGUAUAAGCUGGCUGGCUUGGAUAGGCGCAGCAUGUAUUGUCAUUGCGGUUUUCAUUAUCACUAUUGCUGUUGGGGUUCAAGGACACCCACCCCGUAUAGACGGAGUUGUUCCAGUGUCUAACUACAGGCUCCUCGGAGAUCCGACUUUCACUGAAGCCAUGACGGCGAUAUCGACGAUCUGUUUAACCUACGCGGGCACACCUGCCUGUUUUAACAUCAUAUCUGAAAUGCGCGACCCUCGAUACUACAAUCGGGCAUUGUGGAUAUGUCAGUUAGCUGUGACUAUCAUCUACAUUGUUGUUGGGACCGUGGUAUAUUAUUACUGCGGAUCUUAUGUCGCAUCGCCGGCCCUCGGUUCAGCCGGCCCUUUACUGAAAAAGGUGAGCUACGGAUUCGCUCUCCCGGGGUUGUGUGUCUCCGCCAUUUUACUUCUCCAUCUUCCCGCCAAACAUGUCUUCAUUCGUAUACUUCGAGGCACGCAGCAUCUGACGGGACAGACAGUGAUUCACUGGGUCACAUGGCUUGGAUCUACUUUCACAAUAGUUUCUAUUGCGUACAUUGUUGCAAGCAGUAUCCCUGUAUUCAGUGAUCUGGUAUCGCUCGUUGGUGCACUUCUUGCCACGCCCCUUUGCUUCCAACCCAUGGGUUGCAUGUGGCUAUAUGAUAAUUGGACGACUGGGAAGCAGGGCAAGUCGAUUCGUUGGAUUCUUAUGGUCGCAUGGUCGGUGCUUGUCAUUUGUACCGGGUUUUUAUUCACAAUCGGUGGGACAUAUAGCUCAAUCAAGAGCAUCAGCGAUUCUUAUAGGCAGUCAGGGGGCUCAGCAGCCUGGUCGUGUGCAAACAACGAUCACUAG